AGUUCCCGGCGAGCAGGAGGAGCGCCCGGUGCGCCCCGGAUCGCGUCCUCGCGCCGCGCCCCGCCCCGCCCAGUGCUCCCCUCCUCUCCCGCCCUGCGCGCCCCUCCCCUGCCCUCCCCUCCCCGCCCCUCUCCCCGGCUGCCGAGGGGCCGGGCCGGCGGCGGGGGAGGCGCCGAGCCCGGACUGCGCGCUCGCCCGCCGCGCUCUGGGCGGCCGGACCCAGCGGCCGGACCUCGCGCCCCGCGCCUCCGCCGCCGGCUUUUGUUGUCUCCGCCUCCUCGGCCUCCCGACCGCGAGCCGCACGCCGGGACCUUGGCUCUGCCCUUCGCGGGCGGGGGCUUCGCGGGCCCGGCUGGGAUCUGAGAGAGGCGCGGGCGGGCGGCCGGGGGCGCCGCUGGCCCCACCAUGGAGCUCCGGGCCCGAGGCUUGUGGCUGUUGUGCGCGGCCGCCGCGCUGACCGCUUGCGCCCGCGGGGACCCUGCCAGCAAGAGCCGGAGCUGCGGCGAAGUCCGCCAGAUCUACGGGGCCAAGGGCUUCAGCCUGAGCGACGUGCCCCAGGCGGAGAUCUCGGGUGAGCAUCUGAGGAUCUGCCCCCAGGGCUACACCUGCUGCACCAGCGAGAUGGAGGAGAACCUGGCCAACCGCAGUCGCGCCGAGCUGGAGACCGCCCUUCUGGACAGCGGCCGUGCCCUGCAGGCCAUGCUUGCCGCCCAGCUGCGGGGCUUCGACGAUCACUUCCAGCACCUGCUGAACGACUCAGAGCGGGCGCUGCAGGACACCUUCCCCGGCGCCUUCGGGGAGCUGUACACACAGAGCGCCAAGGCCUUCCGGGACCUGUAUGCCGAGCUGCGCCUCUACUACCGUGGGGCCAACCUGCACCUGGAGGAGACGCUGGCCGAGUUCUGGGCCCGCCUGCUCGAGCGCCUCUUCCCGCAGCUGCACCCGCAGCUGCUGCUGCCCGACGACUACCUGGACUGCCUGGGCAAGCAGGCCGAGGCGCUGCGGCCCUUCGGGGAGGCCCCGCGUGAGCUGCGCAUGCGGGCCACCCGCGCCUUCGUGGCGGCGCGCUCCUUUGUGCAGGGCCUGGGCGUGGCCAGCGACGUGGUCCGGAAGGUGGCCCAGGUGCCCCUGGGCCCGGAGUGCUCACGGGCCGUCAUGAAGCUGGUCUACUGCGCGCACUGCCUGGGGGUCCCCGGCGCCCGGCCCUGCCCGGACUACUGCCGCAACGUGCUCAAGGGCUGCCUGGCCAACCAGGCUGACCUGGAUGCCGAGUGGAGGAACCUUCUGGACUCCAUGGUACUCAUCACCGACAAGUUCUGGGGACCGUCGGGCGCAGAGAGCAUCAUCGGCAGCGUGCACUUGUGGCUGGCAGAGGCCAUCAACGCCCUCCAAGACAACAAGGACACACUUACGGCCAAGGUCAUCCAGGGCUGCGGGAACCCCAAGGUGAACCCCCAGGGCCCUGGAUCCGAGGAGAAGCGGCGCAGGGGCAAGCUGGCACUGCAGGAGAAGCUGCCCACAGGCACCCUGGAGAAGCUGGUCUCUGAGGCCAAGACCCAGCUACGUGAUGCCCAGGACUUCUGGAUCAGCCUGCCAGGGACGCUGUGCACCGAGAAGAUGGCCAUGAGCACUGCCAGUGAUGACCGCUGCUGGAAUGGGAUGGCCAAGGGCCGGUACCUCCCUGAGGUGAUGGGUGAUGGCCUGGCCAACCAGAUCAACAACCCCGAGGUGGAGGUGGACAUCACCAAGCCUGACAUGACCAUCCGCCAGCAGAUCAUGCAGCUGAAGAUCAUGACCAACCGGCUGCGCAGCGCCUACAACGGUGACGACGUGGACUUCCAGGAUGCCAGUGACGAUGGCAGUGGCUCAGGCAGUGGCGGUGGCUGCCCAGAUGACGUCUGCAGCCGGAGGGUCAACAAGAAGAGUUCCAGCUCACGGACGACACUGACCCAUGCCCUCCCCGGGCUGUCCGAGCGGGAGGGCCAGAAGUCCUCAGCCACCAGCUGCCCCCAGCCUCACACGUCCCUCCUGCUCCUCCUCCUCACCCUGGUCCUCUCAGCGGCCAGGCCCCGGUGGCGGUAACUGCCCCCGUCCCAGCGGAGGCCAAGGACUGACUUUGCCAAAACGCAAAACAGAUGAUAUUUAAUUCCCUUCGUCCUGGAGGCCCUGAGGCAGGACAGGGAGGGACAGCAAGGGACCGCGGCUCUGUGACUACGCUGGGGGCGGGGCGGGUGGCACUGGCCCCCCAGACCUGGCUUUGCUGGCCACCCUGGCUUUUAAUUUUGUAUGAGGCCCUCAGGUCAGCCAGGAACGAUGUCCCCAAAAGCCAUGUAUUUCAGGGACCUCGGGGAUGCCGGUGGCCGCCUCCUGCCCACCUGCCUGCCUCUCUCCGCCCAGCUCCCUGCACUGUCACAGCAGCGGUGCCCAGGCCUGCGAGGAGGGGACCCCAGGCAGGGUCUGCUGGAGAGUGCAAGCGAGCUGUGCCUUCCUCUUCUGCCUCCUCCAGCUGAGAACUCAGGGCUCCAGCUGUCAGAGAGCGAGGCCCACCCCUCAGCUCCCCGAGAAUCCCUGCAAGGGCUCAGGUUUCUGCUGUCCAGGGUCUAGCAGGGCCUCCGAGAUUAUGCAUGAACACUUCAGACUCAGCCAGGCCCCCUGGGCUGCCGUGGCCCCCCUAGAGCCCCCAGCGUCAGAGUGAGAGCCUGUCUGGCGAGGAUGGCCCUGACAAGGCACCGUCCGGUCUUCAUCCUUGCCAGAGACCAGCCUCAGGGGUCCAUGGACGUGUGAGUGAGCCGCAGCUGGCACAGCCACGCCACUUCUGGGCUCUGGCCAUCCCAGGAGGGCAGGCCUGGAGCCUCAGCAGAUGUGAGCAUCCCCUUCACACAGGGGGCUCACAGCAGGCCUUGUGGGGUCCACGGCCUACACAAGGACCUCUGGCUAUGCAGAGGAGCAGCCUGGCCACUGUCCAUCCCCCGCCUCCCAGCCACAUCCAGACCCAGGGCCAGGUCCCAGCUCAGGGUGACACAGGCCAGGGCUGGAGGCGACCCAUGGCCUUCACCUGCCCACAGGGAUGCUAGCUGGCUGAUGAGACUUCAGCUCAGGGCCAGCGCGACCUGGGACUGCAGGCCAGAGGGACGCCUGGGUCCCUUCCCUGACCCCACCAGCUGCAGGGGGGCUGGGGGAGCUUCGACAGUUAAGGGCUUUUCCAGACGAGCAUACAUUUACAAGUGCUUCCCCUCCUGGUUCACCAAAAGCUGCUGUCUCCGCUCCUCCCAAAUAGCUUUCCAAGGACCCGGGUGACCCUCCCAGGUCCCCGCAUCUGGGUGCCCCGCUGCUCACUCAGGCUGGUGAGGCCCCUCCCCCAGGCCUGGGGCCUCCCUCUCUCCUGGGCACCAGCCACUGCAGGCCCUGGGGAGGGGGCUGGCACCCUGCCAGAGGGGCUCAGGCAAGGGGAGGGCAGCCCUCGAGGGUCUGGGCAAUGCUGAGCCACCGAGGCCAGAGCCAGCAGUCCUCAACAGCACUGGGGCCCUGAGAAGGCUGCUUAGCGCUGCUUUGCUUCUCGCCAGGUUGGGGAGUCCUCUGGUUGCUGGCCAGGGCCCCUGGCACAGUCCUUGGACGUGUUGAGUCCAGGGUCUCCAGUCUGCGCUCCACCAGGCAGCCCAGUCCCGCAGGUACACCCACCCCAUGAUAACCUGCUAGCGCCGUGGCGGGGGCCAGCUGGACUCUCAGGGGCUCUGGGGCAGUGACUGCCCGUGUGCCAGGACUGCGGCACUUUGCUACAUACAGACGGCCCCAAAGGGGCCUGCGCUCUGGCCAGCCCUACACACAUCCCUGGAAGGGGCGGCCCUGCCACCGUCACUGGCCCGGCAGCGGCCAGGCCUGCUGCAUCCUUCUGCCGCAUGGUGUCAGCAGGCGACGUGUGUUCUUUGAGUCCUUGUAUGAAUAAAAGGCUAGAGACCU